UUGAAAUUGCAUUUUGACGUUCAUAUUUGUCUAAAGGAAAACUACGAUAAAGCUGUCUAUAGUUCGCUGCCCACUGAAGUCAGACGACAAGAGGAGAAUGGGUGGUUUUACCCCGCCCACCAUACUAGGGCUGCUAUUAUGGACACUAAUCUGCAUGAACCAACCUGAAACCACAAAAGCGACACUAUGUUACGAGACGAUUCCCCAAUUCGAGAAAGUCACGGUCACGUGCGAUCAAAGAGAGACAUACAUCAGACGCGGCUAUGUGCUAAAAGACACCGACAUCCAGCCAAAUCUGCCAUCGAGAAAAAAGAUGGAACUAUCCUCUUCUUCUACACAGAAGUGCACGAUGUCAAAAAAAUUGGAUCCGAUCUCCAGUCCGAUAUGCUGCGAUGGUUGGACCGGUGAUGACUGCGAUACACCCGUGUGUGAACCUGCAUGCAAGAACGGAGGUGUUUGUACAACUCCUAAUACGUGCUCAUGCCCGCCUGAGUUUUCCGGCCAUCUGUGUCAGAGAACGGGACCAUCAAAUGGCACUGGCGUCGUAACGCAGACUAACUUCCUUCCGUUCACGACGUGCAUCGCCGCCGGCAAGAACUACUACCGCACGUUUGAUGGUAAAGAGUACCCAUUCAGCGGUACCUGCACCUACGUGCUAGCCCGCACCAAAUUCUGGUCGAUCACGGUGGAACACUUCAAUUGCAACCGCCUUGAAACGUGCAAGAAGAAGCUGACGUUCGUUUAUGGCGAUCUACUAACGAUCGAGCUCUUUGACGGUGAAAUAAAAAUCAACGACAUCGUUACGAUUGUUGCUAAAAACGGAGAACACGUCUACGACGACAACGGAUUAUGUGAGAUACAACACAGCGACGCCAUCUACCUGACCCUGAUACCCGAUAUAAUGCGCAUUAAGUUUGACGGCAAAGUCAUACUUGUCUCUGUGAACCGGAACUACCGCGAAGUCAUUGAGGGUCUCUGUGGGAACAGGAAUAACGAUCCAAGCGACGACUUCACAAUGGCGGAUGGAACCCUUACACAUCACGAAGUACUAUUUGCAUCCUCCUUCAAAGUGGACACUCCGGGCCAAAUCUGUAUGCCAGCUGGUAUGACCCAGAACUACUGUAAGAACCGUGAAGAAGAAGAACAGGCCCAGAAACGCUGUUCACCUCUUCAUUCGCGAGAUUUCAAUGAAUGCCAUGAGGCGGUCAACUACAACAUGAUCUUCAAGACAUGUGUCAACGAGAUGUGCGGCGCAGACACCUUCGAAGCACGGAAUGACGUGUUGUGUGAAGCUCUCGAGACACUUGGCAGUAGAUGCUCGUGCGAAGGAAUCAGUGUGGCUUGGAGGGGCGAAAAUCUCUGCCCCAAGGAGUGUGAAGGUGAUAUGGUGUACCGAACAAACCAGCCAUCAUGCCAUCAAACUUGUGACAACUUAUACACUACACUUCCCGACUCGUGCACAGCCAUGCCCCAGAGCUGGUGUACGUGUCCAUACGGAACAUAUCUGCAGGAAGGAAAAUGUGUGAAUGCUGAGGACUGCCAAUGCUAUAUGCACGGAAAGCCGUACAAAAAUGGCGAAAAAGCAAACCAAGACUGCAACGAAUGUACUUGCAACUACGGAUACUGGGAGUGCACGGAGGACCGUUGCUCUGCAACAUGUUCCAUCAUUGGAUUCCAACAUGUUACCACCUUAGAUGGAAUGAACUACAGAUUUAAGCCGCCAAAUGAUCAGUGUAGUUUUAGCCUUGUUAAGUCACUGCCAGAAAGCGAAUCCGCAACUCGUGGUCUGUCAAUCGACGUCAUAAUGGAACCAGACGUGAGCAACCCUAACGGUCGUGUUAUGAGCGGCCUCGUAAUUCAAGUCGCAGGUAUAAAGGUCUUAAUCGAACGCUCUGGUGUCUUCGUCGGAGGAGUCAAACGGGAUCUGCCGUACAUUGAUAACAUAGUUUACGUGAAACAAGCCACUGAUCGCUUCCACAUGGUCCAGAUAUUUGGCAUUGUUAUCACCACCAACUUGAAGGACAAUUUGCAGAUGAAUAUGAGUCCUUACUACUCUGGCUUGGUCGUUGGUUUGUGUGGAAAAUACAACUUUCAGUCAAACGAUGAUUUUACAUCUAGCGCAAACAUAGAGACAACGUCGAUUAAUGAAUUCGUCAACAGCUACGCGCACAGUGCAAAAUGCAAGAACUCGCAAGAAUCCAGAUGCGAGUUUGCGAUCAACGCUGAUAAAACGCGUGCUCAAGACAUAUGCGGCAUUCUCAGGGACUCGCCUGCAACGCAGGAAUGUGGCAAUGCACUGCAGCUCCAGGAGUACUAUGAGGAAUGUAUGCUGGACUUCUGUCAAGCUAUGGGAUCCACAAGCUCACCGUCAUCAUCUGCAAUGUGCGUCAUUGCAUCAACCCUUGCCAUCCAGUGCUCCAAGAUAAAUACUGAAGUUGACUGGAAUACAGACGAUGCAUUUUUAUUCCAUUGCGAACCGGAAAGACGGUGUUCCAAAGGUGGACAAAUGUUCAGUGAUAAUGCGCGCGUCUGUAACACUCAUUGUAGCGAUUUGUCAAUGCCCGAAAAACAGUGUACCGAAAACAUUGUCAUCGGUGGAUGUACCUGUGCCGACGGUCAGUACUUGGAUUCCAACGAUAUCUGCGUUGAUAUGGACGCAUGUCCUUGUCUAGACGAUAUGCAGCCAAACAGUGAAGUGUACUACCAACCUGGUGAAGUGUUAAAACGCGCUUGCACAACUUGCGAAUGCAAGAAUGGCCGUUUCGUGUGUGAUGAGACGCUCGAAAAUUGCUCUGACAAAGUGAAAUGUCCCGAAAACCAGGUGUAUUUAGUAAACUCCGACGAGUGUCAGCUGGCCUGUGGCGACAACAACAACGACUGUACCGGCGGAAGGUGGACCGGAUGUGGCUGCACAGAUGGUCUUGUGCUUGAUAAAAUGACGAGUACAUGCAUUAAUGCUACGGACUGCCCCUGCUUUUUGAACGCUAAAGCAUACCAAAAUGGAGCGAAGGAAAACACCCGAUGCAAGACAAUGACAUGCCAGGACAGCAAAUGGCAGACUGAGAUGGCCGAUGAGUGUCCAGGUAUUUGCUCUGCAACUGGCGAGUCAAGUUUCUCGACAUUUGACGGGAAAAUGUUCAGUUUCUCGGACACGUGCGAGUACACGAUGUUGGUGGUCGGUGACACCUCCGUCACGCAGCAAAACGUCCCGUGUGGUAGCGGAGGUGCUUGUGCUAAGAAAGUAGUGGUGACCUACCGUUCCACAAAGAUUGAAAUGCUUCAAGGGAUUCCCCUGAAGGUUGGCGGCCUCGACAUGAUCUCGGGAUAUUAUAGGUCAUCAGAUGCCAACAUCGAAGUUUCGCAGUCUGGUACUUACAACGUUGUCGUGAAAGUAAAAUCGGCUGGUCUUCGAGUCUACUACGACUGGGGAAUGAGGUUGCACCUGUUUUUGGACGAGGCCUAUGCUAACCAAGUAGCCGGCUUGUGUGGCAACUUUGACGGCAGUAACACAAACGACUUUAAAUUGAAAGAUGGAUCAACCACAGGAAACCCACAUGAAUUUGCGGUCUCAUGGGCUACGUCACCCGCAUGCCAAAACCCAACACCGGUUAACGGGGAAUGUGGGUCGAAGACUAAUUGGGCAUCGGAGCAGUGUAACGUUAUUAAAGAUCCAAAGGGAAUUUUUGGAAAAUGUGUAGAAUCGAGUUUGGAUAUCACCAAAGAAAGCUUCUACAAAGAAUGCAUCUCAGCAGCUUGCGGGUGUGAAAAUGCCGGAGGGUGCCAGUGCCUCUGCACAGCGAUUGCAGCCUUCGCCGACAAAUGCACCGCUGACGGUCAUCCCGUUGCGUGGAGAUCACAAAAACUUUGCCCAAUUCAGUGUGAUGACGGGACUGUAUACAAACCAUGCGGAUCAUCGUGCGAAGAGAGCUGCGUAAACCAAGAUGCAAAACUUGACUAUAACUGUAACGAAUGCGUCGAAGGCUGUUUCUGUCCAGAGGGCACAUACAAACACGAUGGAAAAUGCGUUCCUGUUGAGGAGUGCCCAUGUUACGACACGCAGGGCAUCGAAUUACCGCCAGGGACUGAAAAAAUGACCGACUGCGGAUUAUGUACCUGCAAGGACGGUAAAUUCGAAUGCGAGGAAGACUGUGCAGUGUGUGUCGAGGGGCAAUUUGCCUGCGGCGAUCGCUGUAUUGACGGCAGUUCUGUGUGUGACGGCUAUGCGGACUGUAUUAACGGCGCCGACGAAAUGAAUUGUCCUACAACGCCUACACCAACCUGCCAUGCGAAUGAGUUUAUGUGUGAUGAUGGUGAAUGUAUACCUAUUCAAUUUGCUUGCAAUGAUUUCAAAGACUGUGCAGACGAAUCUGAUGAAAUAGAAUGUGAUGACUAUGAGCCGCCAGAGUGUGAAGAAGACCAGUUCAGGUGCGGAAACGGGGCGUGUAUUCCAGAGGAUUGGAAGUGUGACACACACGCGGACUGUGACGACAACAUGGAUGAGCUAGACAACGAAUGUACAAAUGAAUGCAAAAAGAUCCCGGGAACGUUCCGGUGCAAUAACCUCAUUUGUAACCCGCUGUUUAAUUUGUGUGAUGGCUAUGACGACUGUGGAGAUGGUUCAGAUGAAAUGAACUGCUACAACUGUACCUGCGGGUCAGACUUCAUUACAUGCGCUGGUCCAGAUGAAUGCACAUGCUUGAAUAAGACGAAGAUGUGUGACGGUGAAAUGGAUUGCUCGAAUGGGGUCGACGAAGAAAACUGCGGAUGUCAAGGACAUGUCUGUAAGAACGGCGAGUGCCUCGAGGAUAAAGCAGAGAAUGUCAUGUGUGACGGCAAAGCUGACUGUACGGAUGAAUCAGAUGAAGAAAACUGCGCACCACCUCAAACCACAACUGUUAAACCCUCAACGACCGCCCCAUCUGUCUGUGGCGAAGAAAUGGUGGAAAAAAAUGUACCUUUUCGCCGCUCACCGUCUGGGUCACCAAACAGCCCAGUUGCCACUGUCACAGAUGAAGAAUUGUCAACUGCUUUUAUGGAAAACGCUCCUUUUACCGUCGAUUCAGACUUGGAUGAAUUCACUUUUAAAAUAAUAUUGGAACCAUCUAUUUUCCUGACGAUGUUUGAUGUCAUAACCACCAGUAAGGAUAUAAGUAUACUGGCGUUGACUGAGGGAAACGCAGAUGAAAUAGAGCUUUUGCCAAAUGUUCAGCCACAGACCGAAGAGGAGACAUUAUUCUCCGUCGAUGUAGGGGAGAUACCAAGCAAGAUUCAACAACUUUCCGUCACGGUAUAUGCCAGGAAAGACGAUCAGCCACUCGUUAUUCGUGAUGCCACACUGAAAGGAUGUUUUGAAGAAGAGUUGACAACCACAGUUACUCCUACUCCCGCCACGACAGGAACCGCAGAGUUUUGCCAGGAUGAUAUGACCUUUGGACAGGUUCCAUCCGAACAGUUUGAAAUUCUUAGCCCAAGCAGCUUGGAAGAUGCCCUUGACGAUAACACUGUGACAUUGGAAACAUCUCCUGUGACAGCUGAAUUGGAACUAAAGGAACCAACAGAAAUCUCACUGUUCACCAUCGUAACAUCAAAGAAAACACUUCCUCAUCUACUUGUUGUUGUUAUUCUAAUGGACGGCGAGGAAUACCGUGUUAAUACUACUGGGACCGACUUUGCAUCACCGAUACGAACACAGAAUACAGAAAAUUCCAACAAACGAGAUAACGUAUUUAAUCUUCGAAAUCUUGUGGAGAAUGCAAAGAUUAGCUCAAUUGCACUGAGUGUCUCUACCACGGACCAGAGCCCUCCGAUAGUUCACAGCAUUUUUGCUGAAGGGUGCAUUCAUCCAGAGUUGACAACCACAGUGACGCAUCCUCCAUCAACGACAGGAACCGCAGAAAUAUGCCCUAUGGGCGGCGCGAUGACGACGAUUACUCCCGAGGAGGUUACAAAUGUACCUGUGGAAGAGAAUGUGGCUACAGUAACGUUCGAACUAGACGAGCCGACACCGAUUGUUAAAGUGCAAGUAACACCAGAUGAAAGCGUUUCUACCAUCCGUGUGACAGUGACAACACCUGGCGGGGACAAAUUUACGAUUACUUUGAGGGAAACGGAGGGUAACGUAUUUGUUGGCGAUCUGCCAGAAGGCACUUUGGUCAGCAAGGUGGAGGUUGAACAGACCCUGAAAGAGGAUACAGAAGGCCCUAUAAAGAGCGGAAUUGUUGAGUUCCAGUCUUGUACUCCGAGCGUAACAACAACAACUCCAACUCCAACAACAACACCCAAUGAAAUAUGCCCUAUGGGCGGCGCGAUGACGACGAUUACUCCCGAGGAGGUUACAAAUGUACCUGUGGAAGAGAAUGUGGCUACAGUAACGUUCGAACUAGACGAGCCGACACCGAUUGUUAAAGUGCAAGUAACACCAGAUGAAAGCGUUUCUACCAUCCGUGUGACAGUGACAACACCUGGCGGGGACAAAUUUACGAUUACUUUGAGGGAAACGGAGGGUAACGUAUUUGUUGGCGAUCUGCCAGAAGGCACUUUGGUCAGCAAGGUGGAGGUUGAACAGACCCUGAAAGAGGAUACAGAAGGCCCUAUAAAGAGCGGAAUUGUUGAGUUCCAGUCUUGUACUCCGAGCGUAACAACAACAACUCCAACUCCAACAACAACACCCAAUGAAAUAUGCCCUAUGGGCGGCGCGAUGACGACGAUUACUCCCGAGGAGGUUACAAAUGUACCUGUGGAAGAGAAUGUGGCUACAGUAACGUUCCAACUAGACGAGCCGACACCGAUUGUUAAAGUGCAAGUAACACCAGAUGAAAGCGUUUCUACCAUCCGUGUGACAGUGACAACACCUGGCGGGGACAAAUUUACGAUUACUUUGAGGGAAACGGAGGGUAACGUAUUUGUUGGCGAUCUGCCAGAAGGCACUUUGGUCAGCAAGGUGGAGGUUGAACAGACCCUCAAAGAGGAAACAGAAGGCCCUAUAAAGAGCGGAAUUGUUGAGUUCCAGUCUUGUACUCCGAGCGUAACAACAACAACUCCAACUCCAACAACAACACCCAAUGAAAUAUGCCCUAUGGGCGGCGCGAUGACGACGAUUACUCCCGAGGAGGUUACAAAUGUACCUGUGGAAGAGAAUGUGGCUACAGUAACGUUCGAACUAGACGAGCCGACACCGAUUGUUAAAGUGCAAGUAACACCAGAUGAAAGCGUUUCUACCAUCCGUGUGACAGUGACAACACCUGGCGGGGACAAAUUUACGAUUACUUUGAGGGAAACGGAGGGUAACGUAUUUGUUGGCGAUCUGCCAGAAGGCACUUUGGUCAGCAAGGUGGAGGUUGAACAGACCCUGAAAGAGGAUACAGAAGGCCCUAUAAAGAGCGGAAUUGUUGAGUUCCAGUCUUGUACUCCGAGCGUAACAACAACAACUCCAACUCCAACAACAACACCCAAUGAAAUAUGCCCUAUGGGCGGCGCGAUGACGACGAUUACUCCCGAGGAGGUUACAAAUGUACCUGUGGAAGAGAAUGUGGCUACAGUAACGUUCGAACUAGACGAGCCGACACCGAUUGUUAAAGUGCAAGUAACACCAGAUGAAAGCGUUUCUACCAUCCGUGUGACAGUGACAACACCUGGCGGGGACAAAUUUACGAUUACUUUGAGGGAAACGGAGGGUAACGUAUUUGUUGGCGAUCUGCCAGAAGGCACUUUGGUCAGCAAGGUGGAGGUUGAACAGACCCUGAAAGAGGAUACAGAAGGCCCUAUAAAGAGCGGACUUGUUGAGUUCCAGUCUUGUACUCCGAGCGUAACAACAACAACUCCAACUCCAACAACAACACCCAAUGAAAUAUGCCCUAUGGGCGGCGCGAUGACGACGAUUACUCCCGAGGAGGUUACAAAUGUACCUGUGGAAGAGAAUGUGGCUAGAGUAACGUUCCAACUAGACGAGCCGACACCGAUUGUUAAAGUGCAAGUAACACCAGAUGAAAGCGUUUCUACCAUCCGUGUGACAGUGACAACACCUGGCGGGGACAAAUUUACGAUUACUUUGAGGGAAACGGAGGGUAACGUAUUUGUUGGCGAUCUGCCAGAAGGCACUUUGGUCAGCAAGGUGGAGGUUGAACAGACCCUGAAAGAGGAUACAGAAGGCCCUAUAAAGAGCGGAAUUGUUGAGUUCCAGUCUUGUACUCCGAGCGUAACAACAACAACUCCAACUCCAACAACAACACCCAAUGAAAUAUGCCCUAUGGGCGGCGCGAUGACGACGAUUACUCCCGAGGAGGUUACAAAUGUACCUGUGGAAGAGAAUGUGGCUACAGUAACGUUCGAACUAGACGAGCCGACACCGAUUGUUAAAGUGCAAGUAACACCAGAUGAAAGCGUUUCUACCAUCCGUGUGACAGUGACAACACCUGGCGGGGACAAAUUUACGAUUACUUUGAGGGAAACGGAGGGUAACGUAUUUGUUGGCGAUCUGCCAGAAGGCACUUUGGUCAGCAAGGUGGAGGUUGAACAGACCCUGAAAGAGGAUACAGAAGGCCCUAUAAAGAGCGGAAUUGUUGAGUUCCAGUCUUGUACUCCGAGCGUAACAACAACAACUCCAACUCCAACAACAACACCCAAUGAAAUAUGCCCUAUGGGCGGCGCGAUGACGACGAUUACUCCCGAGGAGGUUACAAAUGUACCUGUGGAAGAGAAUGUGGCUACAGUAACGUUCGAACUAGACGAGCCGACACCGAUUGUUAAAGUGCAAGUAACACCAGAUGAAAGCGUUUCUACCAUCCGUGUGACAGUGACAACACCUGGCGGGGACAAAUUUACGAUUACUUUGAGGGAAACGGAGGGUAACGUAUUUGUUGGCGAUCUGCCAGAAGGCACUUUGGUCAGCAAGGUGGAGGUUGAACAGACCCUGAAAGAGGAUACAGAAGGCCCUAUAAAGAGCGGACUUGUUGAGUUCCAGUCUUGUACUCCGAGCGUAACAACAACAACUCCAACUCCAACAACAACACCCAAUGAAAUAUGCCCUAUGGGCGGCGCGAUGACGACGAUUACUCCCGAGGAGGUUACAAAUGUACCUGUGGAAGAGAAUGUGGCUACAGUAACGUUCGAACUAGACGAGCCGACACCGAUUGUUAAAGUGCAAGUAACACCAGAUGAAAGCGUUUCUACCAUCCGUGUGACAGUGACAACACCUGGCGGGGACAAAUUUACGAUUACUUUGAGGGAAACGGAGGGUAACGUAUUUGUUGGCGAUCUGCCAGAAGGCACUUUGGUCAGCGAGGUGGAGGUUGAACAGACCCUGAAAGAGGAUACAGAAGGCCCUAUAAAGAGCGGAAUUGUUGAGUUCCAGUCUUGUACUCCGAGCGUAACAACAACAACUCCAACUCCAACAACAACACCCAAUGAAAUCUGCCAAAGGUUUGAUGAGAUGGAAGAAACUUUAACUGGAUCUGGUGAAGAAGGUGCUCCAACCUUAGUGUUGUCCUCAUCAACACCGGGGAUAGACAUAAAUGAUCUUCAGUCACUAUUAACCGCUGGUAGUGUUACGACUAAUACCGCUGUUACAAGCCUUGAUGUUAGCAUCAAGCUAAGCAACGCUACUCGCUUGUCGAAGAUAACCUUAACAGCUGAAAAUGUUAAGACAGAAGACUUUACUAUUUCAUCUGUGCCUCCACAACCAUUAAAAACGAAAAAGGACACUUCCGGAAAUCAAGUUACUGUUAACAUUUAUCCCCUGGCGAAUAUCGCAAAAGAAAUUGAAGAAAUAACGAUAGUGUUUGAGUCAAAAGGUACAGCAAACGUUAUAACUCUCAGAGAUCUAGUUGUAAAAGGAUGCCUGAAACCUUCUGAAAUAACAACAUCAACAGCAACAACAACGCCUUCUUCAGCUCAUGUUUGUGACGAUGAUGAAAUGGACCAAUCUGUGCAACCAAACGACAUGGACAUUGAGAUUAACGGUGAAGCCAAAUCGUCGAUUGAGGUGGAGAACCUUGUAAACGAAAGCGGUGCAACAUCAUUGUCAGUAACUCCUGUCGACGACAAAGUUGUAAUUAAAGUUUCAAGGAAAUCUCAAGCAGAUAUUGACGAAGUAACGGUUGUCACUGAUGGCGAAGCAACACUUGCUACUAUAGAGUAUGCGGACGAAAGUUCAGACAUCGUUACACCUGUUAAGAUAGAAGGCGGAUUUUCAAUACGUCCUCCUGGUGACAAAGCCGUAAAAGCAGUGAAAAUAGAUUUGGUCCCAAGAACGGGAAGCCCUUCAGUGGAAAUAUCUGGCAUUGUACCAAAGGCUUGUGAGAAGAUAACAACGACAACAUCUAUUCCGACAACCCCGUCUGCGUCUGUAUGUGACGAUAAUGAAAUGGACCAGCCUCUGCCAUCAGAAGACAUGGAGAUUGAGAUUAACAGUAAUGCCAAAUCGCCGGAGGAGGUGUAUGACCUUGUAAACAAAAACGGUGCACCACUGUCAGAAACACCUGUUGACGGCAAAGUUGCAAUUAAUGUUUCGCCAAAGUUUAUGAAAGAUAUUGAUGACGUAACAGUUCUCACUAAUGGCGAAGCAACAUCUGCUACUAUAGAGUAUGCGGACGGUACAUCAGACAUCGUUACACCUGUUAAGAUAGAAGACGGAUAUUCAAUACGUCCUCCUGGUGACAAAGCCGUAAAAGCAGUGAAAAUAGAUUUGGUCCCAAGAACGGAUACCACUUCAGUGGAAAUAUCUGGCAUUGUACCAAAGGCUUGUGAGAAGAUAACAACGACAACAUCUAUUCCGACAACACCGUCUGUAGAUAUCUGUUCUGAGAAUGGAGCAACAAUGAUGCCGUUGGAUACAUACUCUGACCCUACCAUCCACUUGACUCAAAAUCCUGGCCAGCAACCGGGAUCUGGUAAUAUAGAAGACAUUCUUAAUGGAGAGCAAUGGACGUCUAGCUCGUCUGGAUCUAGCGAAGAAGUUGGGUUCACAAUUACACCCACAGAGGGUUUUUAUUUGGCUGGUCUGGAACUCAGUUUAAAUGGAAACGUUAAAACUGCAAAUAUUGGUAUCCAGUUUGAGGGAUUUGACGAGAUAACUGAACAGACGACAGAAAUGAACCAGGAAGGCCUUCAAACACUGACGAUUCCUGGCAUCCCCGACUACAAACUUACAUUGAUAUCUAUAGUUAUUACGCACCAACCUGGUCAGGCCAUAUCGCUUUUGAAUCUGGAUGUUAAUGCGUGUAUUCACCCUGAAACAACAACUUCCGUUUGUGACGAUGAUGAAAUGGACCAACCUGUGCAACCAAACGACAUGGACAUUGAGAUUAACGGUGAAGCCAAAUCGUCGAUUGAGGUGGAGAACCUUGUAAACGAAAGCGGUGCAACAACAUUGUCAGUGACUCCUGUCGAUGACAAAGUUGUAAUUAAAGUUUCAAGGAAAUCUCAAGCAGAUAUUGACGAAGUAAUAGUUGUCACUAAUGGCGAAGCAACAUCUGCUACUAUAGAGUAUGCGGACGGUACAUCAGACACCAUUACACCCGUUGAGACAGAAAACGGAUAUUCAAUACUUCCUCCUGGUGACAAAGCCGUAAACGCAGUGAAAAUAGAUUUGAUCCCAAAAACGGAUAGCACUUCAGUGGAAAUAUCUGGCAUUGUACCAAAGGCUUGUGAGAAGAUAACAACGACAACAUCUAUUCCGACAACACCGUCUGAUAUCUGUUCUGAGAAUGGAGCAACAAUGAUGCCGUUGGAUACAUACUCUGACCCUACCAUCCACCUGACUCAAAAUCCUGGCCAGCAGCCGGGAUCUGGUAAUAUAGAAGACAUUCUUGAUGGAACGCCAUGGACGUCUAGCUCGUCUGGAUCUAGCGAAGAAGUUGGCUUCACAAUAACAUCAACAGAGAGCUUUUAUUUGGCUGGUCUGGAACUCAGUUUAAAUGGAAACGUUAAAACUGCAAAUAUUGGUAUCCAGUUUGAGGGAUUUGACGGGAUAACUGAACAGACGACAGAAAUGAACCAGGAAGGCGUUCAAACACUGACGAUUCCUGGCAUCCCCGACUACAAACUUACAUCGAUAUCUAUAGUUAUUACGCACCAACCUGGUCAGGCAAUAUCGCUUUUGAAUCUGGAUGUGAAUGCGUGUAUUCACCCUGAAACAACAACUUCCGGCACCACUCCGUCGCCGACAGGACCAGGAGUACCACCGCCAGGACCAACCACACAGGCACCAGGAGUUGGCACUACUCCUUCGCCGACAGGACCAGGAGUACCACCACCAGGACCAACAACACAGGCACCAGGAGUUGGCACCACUCCGUCGCCGACAGGACCAGGAGUACCGACCCCAGGACCAGCCACACAGCCACCAGGAGUACCGACGCCAGGACCAGCCACACAGCCACCAGGUGUACCAACGCCAGGACCAGCCACACAGCCACCAGGUGUACCAACGCCAGAACCAGCCACACAGCCACCAGGUGUACCAACGCCAGGACCAGCCACACACCAGGUGUGCCAACGCCAGGACCAGCCACACAGCCACCAGGUGUACCAACGCCAGGACCAGCCACACAGCCACCUGGUGUACCAACGCCAGGACCAACCACACAGGCACCAGGAGUUGGCACUACUCCGUCGCCGACAGGACCAGGAGUACCACCGCCAGGACCAACCACACAGGCACCAGGAGUUGGCACCACUCCGUCGCCGACAGGACCAGGAGUACCACCGCCAGGACCAACCACACAGGCACCAGGAGUUGGCACUACUCUGUCGCCGACAGGACCAGGAGUACCACCGCCAGGACCAACCACACAGGCACCAGGAGUUGGCACCACUCCGUCGCCGACAGGACCAGGAGUACCACCGCCAGGACCAACCACACAGGCACCAGGAGUUGGCACUACUCCGUCGCCGACAGGACCAGGAGUACCACCACCAGGACCAACAACACAGGCACCAGGAGUUGGCACUACUCCGUCGCCGACAGGACCAGGAGUACCACCGCCAGGACCAACCACACAGGCACCAGGAGUUGGAACAAGAGCAGUAG